UUUUCUUUUCUUGCUACAGAAUUCAACAAUUUGUAUCACCCAGAAUUCCUUCAGGAUAUCUUCAUAAAAUACGAAUACCAUUAUUUAAACGUGACUAAAGUUGGAACAUUCACAGUACACAACAGCCUUAGCUGCGCCUUAAAAUGCCUCGGCAAUCCUUUCUGUUUGUCAGUCAACUUGGCUGCUUCCAAAGGAGCAGAUGGAAAGUUUUGGUGUGAGUUGUUAUCGUCUGAAAAAUACAGCAAUCCCAAGAUGUAUAAAGGGAAUAAGAGCUCGCAUCACUUAACCAUUAUGGUGAGACUUAUUUUCUAUUUCCAAUGAGCCAAAACAUUCAUUUAGGGUACAGGUGACAAAUUAGAAAACAGUGAUAAUAAAAACGUAACUUCUGUUCAAACAUUUUGAAAGAGUACUUCCGGUUAGAGUGUUUUGAAAUUGAAAAAACCAAGGAGGACUAGGAAAAAUAUGGGUUGAAUUCAACAUUAUUUAUUAAAAAUUUUUUUUAUCAGGGAAAAUUGGGUUUCAGUUCACCGUAAUGGUGGUUACAUUAUAGUUAUUUUCGUCGGAGAUUCAUGCUAUCUAUCCAUCACUUUAAAUGAAGAGAUUUACGAAAGAAGGGAAAGAAAUAAACAACGAAAGAAAUAAAGAAAUGAAGAAACAAAAAGAAUUAUAAUAAGAACGCUGAAAUCUGAGAAUGAAUAUGAUGAUGAUAUCUGAUUUGCAAACGGUUUUAACUGAAAAAGAAAAAUAAACAAGAAAAAUAAAAGAAGAAAUGAUACUUUUGAAGAAUAAUAGAUAGCACUACUAACAUAACGCUCUUUUUUCCAUUUCAGAGUCCAUGUUUGUCUUCACCGUGUCAAAACGGAGGUAUUUGUACAGCAGAUUUCAAAAAUCACGCCAAGAGUACCAUGAUUGAAUGUCGUUGCAAAGGAGGUUUUAGCGGAAAAUUUUGCGAAAGAGGUAAUAACUGUGCUCUGAAAAUUAUAUGUGGAAAUGGUCAAUCCGUUUGAGAAACUUACCAUUUACUAAUAAAUAUCCAGAAGAGGUGUGAAGACCUUUUGAAUCAGUUAAUUACUGACACUUCACUUUUUCUACUAGUAAUGCUACUUAUCGAAUUGGUCGUGACACUCUGAGAACUUUAAUAGCGCGUGAGUUGGUUUAAUCAUAAAGCAUCAAUACAUAUUUCUUGAUCACUCAAAAAAGUCGUUAAAGGGAGUGAAGUAGUGAAUAUUUCAAGCUGAAAAUAAUGCAGUGGAACCUCGAUCAUUAUAACGAACUAUUUUAUGCAACGAAGUUCUUUUUACAUCGAACGAUAUCAUCUUGCCCCUGCAGUAUAAUAGUAAAAUAUAUGGAUUCGAAAAGAUCCUGUAUAUAGCGAAACCUCGUUAUAGCGAAUAGAUUUUGCCUGUCUCCUGGCCCUUCGUUAUAUAGAGGAUCCAUUGUACAUGUUUUUUUCUGACUUGACGUACCGCAAGGGAAGGAUUUUCCCUGUACAUUGAUCCCCUAUAAUAGAGAGGUUAAGCAUCUCACGUUCACCUCUAGCGGCAAACGCGAAUUUUUACCAAGUGACCGAGUUUCACCUUUACUUGUCAAUUAUUGUUCAUUAUUUCAACACAUAAAUUAGUAGUUUCACGCAAUUUUUUAUCCAUAAGAAUUGUUUUGAGCUUUUUAAUCUGCUCAUGUUGAGAAAUUCUUAAUACGGAAUCUGGCGUUUGUCGUUUGCCGUACACAUGAUGCUUAAACUCUCUAAUGUUCUUUUAUACCCCCGAUUAUUUUCAUUCAUUUCUCAGAGCAGGUUGGCUUAUUCACCCGAAAGCGCUAACAGUGUAAAAAUUUAUCCGAGUCUCAGUUACCUGGCAGGUGUGCUUAAAAAGGCGAAGAGUCGGGAAAGCCUUUUGGGUUACCUUUGGACCUCAAAUUUUAGUUUUCGUUUCCCCUUUUUUAAUAGAUCAUUUUCCUUUUUUUUUCAGCCGCUGCAAAGUCGUGCCAAGACGAGUAUGAUCGACUGCCACAGAAGUAAGUGACACAAUUACAACUGAAUGUAUAUCUAGCUAAAUUAUUUUUGAAAACUUAUAAUAAUUAACCACCAAAACAGACGCGCGACGUCUUCUAUGGACCAAAGUCACACGAAUAUAAAAACUAAGAGUGCAACCAUUGCUAGUUUUCUCUUUUUGACUUUUUCUCCUUCCUUUCUCCUCUCUCUUUCAAUUUUUCCUUUCCUUUUUUCUUUAAGAUCGCUAGUGUGGUUUUCGGGCUCAUCGUACGCGCAAUUUUUUUUGUUGUUUUCCCUAAAGUGGCUGUUAAGUGCGUCCUCACAGUAAAGCCUCGUUUAUAUGGAGUAAAAUCCUCCCGGGUAGAAUUAAGGGUGACUCACCUAUCGUACAAAAGCUAGCGAACAGUUUACAUGACAAACAAAAAGUUAGUUCGGCUAAUAGGCCGCCUAGCCGGGUCACCCUUUUUCUAUUGUGAGGUCAACCUCUUAGCCGGACCAGUUUUUUUGCAAAUAAACCCUUUUUCUCGCCCAGCGGUUCAAAUCGGUCAGGGAGAGACAAUCAGAGCAUGCGCAAGCAUUGCUGGCACGGGCAAAGAAGUAAAUUUUUUUCUGAAAUAAACGGUCGCUGGGAGCAGGGAGGGUUACCCGCUUCCAUUCUCGCCAACCCUCUAGCGAUCUGUUGCCAGAUUCACUAUUUUCGCCAUUGCUUACAUAUCUGGACGUAAGUGAUCCUCCUUAUUUUCACGUAAGCGGGGCCCGGCUGCCACUCUCUUCUCCCUUGACAAGAUAAAAGAAAAUAGAUAUUUAAAAUUUGUAUUACUUCGUAUCUAGGCUGAAGCCUGUCGUCUGUAGCUUCCGGGGUGGCCAUUGAAAAAGGAGGGUAAAGGCUGAAAUAGGAAGGCGUGAGGGAGGAGGGAACUGGGAACCCUUCCAUUCUUACUCGGUCUCCCUCGCGCACUCUUUCUCGUCCUCGCGCUUCGGAUUUACAUCUUCCCACAUUUCAUGCAAACAAUUUCUGCACUGAAGUCUCAUGGGAUAACAGAUCGUUGAGUUCUUUAUUUUAUGAUUAAAGCCCCUGUUAGGAAGGAGAGGAGAGUAAUUUGUUUUGUUGACCAAAAAAUAAUAUUUUAGUAUCAACAUUAUGAGCUACAGAUUUGUCAGCAUAAAAUGCAAUAGUUGUAAUAACGUGAUUAGGAGAAGUCUGGUCUUAAGACAAAGGACACUUUCCAUUUGUCAGAACUGGCCAGCCCGGACCGGCCCAAUCAUAAGGAGAAUUCCACCAUUAAUCAAGACUAUCCAGCCAGAUCAGUUAAUUCCUUAAUGAUACACGGAAGUGGCAGGCUUCGAGAAAAUACUAAAAUUUCAUUUUAAAAUUACCUCCUUGGUCUGUCCGCCGGCGAGUUCUGAUUUUUUGAAAGUUCUCUAAGACUGCGUACGUUGAAGCUCAAUCAUUUUCAUUUACGCUACAGAGAAUUCUACCCGAAGGGAGCUUGGAAAAUUUAAAAUGUGAUUCUCUUGUGAACAGGUUAAAAGAGACUCGGCUGGUCACUCUUCUCCUUGACUCAAAUCUAACUACCGUUCUCUGCCACAUGGGAGAUUUUGGAUGUGGAGAUGGAGGAUGGACACCAGUCAUGAAGAUGGACGGCAACAAGGUAAACAUUUGAGGGUGAUUUACCUCUAAUUUUACAGAGCGAAAAAAUACGAAAAAUAAAAUAAUCUACAAUUAACUGGAAGUUUGUCUCUUUUUUAAUUCUCGGCGCAGAUAUUUUAAGGAGAGAUUAACUGCUCGGGAAAAAAAAAAACAGUACAGUAUGUUGUCCAGUGUCCGGCCGGUACCAGUAUCAAAAAAAAAAUAAAAAUAAUAAAAUAAUAAUAAUAAUAAUAAUAAUAAUGGGGCGCCCAUUUCAGUUCUCAGUAAACGAAGUAUUUCGAAUAAAAGCUGAACAUUUCAUCUUUAAGAUGAAAGUUUUGGCGCGUUACAGCUUGCGAGACAGUUGCAGAAGGAACUCUUCGCACCAAUGCAAUGUUGGUAAAAUUGGCACAUUCAACACCAGUUUCCCAUUUAUGAGGCAAUUAUAAAAUUUUCGGUAUACUUUCAAAAUGUUAAGCAAAUUAAAAUCGUUUCGUUUAUUUUCGCGAAGCGAAGGCCGUAAUGCCCGCCUAGCGAGUUUAAAUUUUUUUUUUCGCUCGGCGCGCAGCGCGCGGAUCGUGCGUAGAUCAUAGCGUGCUGCAAUCUCAACAGUGGCCCAUAUUUCUAUGUAACCAUUUCUCUUUGGUGCCCGCAAUGUAAUGACAUCAUCAAGCAAGAGGCUUGAUCGGUGUUGUUUUGACUGUUUUUGCGGCCGUUUUGGAUUUCGAGAAAUGCUUUUGGCAAUUACUUUCGAGCUAGAGUAUUUUACAGAGAAAAAUGAAGCAAUUUGGAUCAGUACCUUCAAAUAACUGGAUAAAAGAACAUUUGCCAGUGCGUCUCAUUUGGCACUUUGGCUUAGUAGGUUGCAGGAUACAGUUUGUUGAUUUGUCGGAAGUGUGUUGCAGUUCGGCUUUUUACCGUCAUAUAUAAAACCUUGCUUUUCCCUUAAAUCUGUACUUUUGAAUUGAAGUCAGACACAGAGGCAAACCAACAAUGAAUUGGUUGGCCGGUUGAUCAGUCAAAGACUGGUUUCAACUCCGUUGAACUCGAGCGGAGAGAAUUAAGACCGAAAUAAUGCAAAAUGGCUUUAAAAUAUGCCUUUAACCUAUUUUUCCUCAAAUGAAUCUAUGAAAGAAUGAUAAAUACAGUUCCAUCCACUUCAAACAGCUUUUAUGGCAGAGAAAAACACUGUGGCAGCGUAGCGCAGUGGUCUAGGAUCUAACUUCACUUGGAGGAGGUUGGAACGGUGUGCUGAUUCAAAUCCAAGUGAAUAUUCCUUUCCCCAUUCUUGUAAAUAAAGUAACACAACGUGGGACACAUUUAGAACCAAAAGAGUUUUAUGAUGCUAGCUUACUAAACGUUUGACCUGAGGAAGGGCUAACUGAUCAUGGGAAAGACAAAUAAACUACACUACUGCAUUAACAUUUUCACACUAUUUUAGUACUAUUCUGAAGAAAUGUCCUUUUUUAAAAUGUGCAGACGAAAUAAUAAUAGACUAUGCUUUCUUUGACUCAUACUAUUCUCUGUCAAUGAGAAAUUCUGUUUUAUAUUAUCAAUUCCCUUACAGCGAACUUUUCACUUCGACUCACGUUACUGGACAAACAAAGAAACCGUUACCCCUGACGGAGGGAAGACUGGUUUCGAUUUACAGGAGACCAAGCUUCCCUCCUACUGGAACACAUCCUUCUCCAAGAUCUGCCUCGGUAUGAGGAUUAAAAAACAGUCCAGGUUUAUUGUAAUCAAAAGGACCGCGAGUUCUCUGCAUUCAUUGAUCGCUGAUGGGAAAUACCGCAACACCUCACUGGGUCGUGACACCUGGAAGUCGCUGAUUGGUUCUGAGGCCUCCAUGCAGUUCAACUGUAACAGGGAAGGAUUUAAUGCAAGGAGUGACAAGCAGUAUUAUCCGGGAAGAGACCAGUCGAAAGCAAGAAUUGGAAUCCUCGGCAACAAUGAAAACGAUUGCGGUCAGUGUGACUCCAGAAUCGGGUUUGGCACUGGAGGAGUUCACGACGACUCCAACACAUGUGGAAACGAGGCUAACAUUUACCCACUCGAUAAUGGUCAUAAACAUAUUAAGGCAAUGGGUUAUAUUUUGGUGCAGCGAAAAGCAACUGAUUUGGGCUGA